CCACACACAGGGAGGUUAGCUCUCUCCCUCUUUAAAUCUUGCUGCCUGAUUCUAGCCCAUCUAAACCAGCAAUGCAAGCAAAGAAGAAGUGUUUAGACUCAGGCUGAGAGAGGUCAAGACUCAGUUACUACGUUAUGAAGAGGUUCCCAGGGAAACAGCACAUCAGUAUCCAAAGCAUGCUGCAUUGCUUCCAAACAAUCAUUCAAGCAACAGACUUAGCUUCACUACUGGGUUUCCGGCACGGUAUCUGAGAUAUGUGCAGCUAUAGGAAACUAUAAGUACAAAUAACUCCACGAAUUACUGCAGAAGAUGAAGAAGCAUUCGGCUAGAGUGGCACCACUAGCUGCUUAUGGUACUUCAGUUUUAACAGCUUCAAUAAUAGAAGGAGAAGAAGCUUCAGAGAAUCGGACCGAAAAUAUUAACCCGGAUAAUAAUGUUAAGACACGCUGUCAAACAUGCACCUCUGCAUUUUUCAAGAUUUUCUGGGGGUUUCUGGUCAUUCUUUCUGUAUCAUCCUCCUGGGUUGGUACUACACAGAUUGUCAAAGUUACAUACAAGAACUUCCAUUGUCCUUUUUUUAUGACCUGGUUCUCUACAAAUUGGAACAUAAUGUUUUUCCCUGUGUACUACUCGGGACACUUGGCUUCAGCACAAGAAAAACAGACACUAAUUAAAAAAAUUAGGGAAUGCAGUCGGAUUUUUGGAGAAGAAGGACUGACUCUGAGACUCUUUCUGAAAAGAACAGCCCCAUUUUCUAUCCUCUGGACAUUAACUAAUUACCUAUAUUUACUGGCUCUGAAGAAAUUAACAGCCACAGAUGUCUCUGCUCUUUUUUGUUGCAACAAAGCAUUUGUCUUUUUGCUCUCUUGGAUUGUGCUCAAAGACAAGUUCAUGGGAGUUAGAAUAGUUGCUGCAAUCAUGGCAAUUACUGGGAUUGUGAUGAUGGCAUAUGCAGAUGGUUUCCACGGUGAUUCAAUCAUCGGAGUAGCGCUGGUUGUCGGAUCUGCCUCUACAUCAGCAUUAUACAAGGUUUUAUUUAAAAUGUUUCUUGGAAGUGCAAACUUUGGAGAAGCUGCAUAUUUCAUUUCUACACUGGGUUUCUUCAAUUUAAUUUUCAUAUCAUCUGCACCAGUUAUACUGUACUUUACGAAAGUGGAGUACUGGUCCUCAUUCUCUGCUUUACCUUGGGGAUACCUUUGCGGUGUGGCUGGCCUUUGGUUAGCCUUCAAUAUUCUUGUGAACGUUGGUGUUGUAUUAACAUAUCCUAUACUCAUUUCUAUUGGAACUGUCCUGAGUGUCCCUGGAAAUGCAGCUGUUGACCUUAUGAAGCACGAAGUGAUAUUUAGUAUGGUGAGAUUGACUGCCACUACUAUCAUAUGCAUUGGCUUCCUGCUCAUGCUUCUUCCUGAAGAAUGGGAUGAAAUAACUUUAAGGUUUAUUAACAGAUUAAAGGAGAAGAAGAAUGAAGAUCAAACAGAAGACACCACAGAGUCUAGUGUCCACACUCGGAGCAGAAGUAGAGCAAACGGAACAGUUUCAAUUCCUUUAGCUUAAAAGCAGCUAAGUUUUAAAAUGCACGAAGAUGUAUAUUCUGUGAAUAUAAUUUAGUUGUGUGAAAUAGUAUGCUAUUAUGACAGUAUUACUUUUUGAAGCAAAGAUCUAUGGUAUACAAUAUAAGUAUGACACAAUAAAUUAUUAAAAACAACAUCAUUGCAAUUUAAACUUUAUAAAAUUACAUGGGAAUGGGUGUUAAUGUCAAAUAAAGUUUUUGUAAAGGUCCUUGCAUUGGGUUUUUUAUUAUUUAUUUAAUGAUAUGGCCUUUGGUUAAAAAGAACAUUUUUUUCCUUUUGAUUGUUGUUACUGCAUUCAUUUGUAUUCUAACAAAAUCAAAAUAAAAGACUGAUA